UUGGACUGUGUAUCCUCAGCCCGACCAUCAAUGGAAACGUAAACUUCAAACCUUCCGAUAUCGGACCCAGCGAAGAAGUGAAGAAGAAAGAACAAUCCACACUCUUCUCUUCACUACCCUCUCUCUCUCUCUCUGGCUUGGCUUCCAUAUUUCUAGGCUCCAUCGAAAGGUCUGCUGCUGUGCUGGCAGGGGAUCGUGCGUUGCUUUUCCUGGGGAAGAAGGAAGCAGAAGAUGGAUGGAGGAGGAAUAUUUUCCAUCUGUGGGUUUUGAUUGAUUGAAGCUCGAAGCUAUCCGAACUCCCCCUGUUCCAUCUUUCGGAUCCGUAAACCCAGCUCUUGCUCUCUGUGGAAGGCAUUUCCUCGGACUGCGCCGGCAAAAAGGAUCAGCUAAAAAUUGAAGCUUUUGACCUUCCAGGGUGAAGUGUGGUGGCCCUUUCUGUGGGAUUAGAUGGCGACCCUCGGAGAUAUCGGGCUCUCCGCGGCCUUCAACAUUGGCAGUGCGUUCGCCUUUCUCAUAGCGUUUGCCAUCUUGAGGCUCCAGCCCUUCAACGACAGGGUUUAUUUCCCGAAAUGGUACCUCAAGGGCUUGCGCCCGACUCAUGGAGGAGCCUUUGUGAAAAAGUUUGUCAACUUGGACCUUCGAGCGUAUCUCAAGUUCUUGCAGUGGAUGCCUGAUGCGCUUAAAAUGCCCGAGCCCGAGCUUAUUGACCACGCAGGAUUGGAUUCUGCUGUCUAUCUCCGCAUCUACUUGAUGGGACUUAAAAUCUUUGUUCCGAUAGCUUUCCUUGCAUGGACGAUUCUGGUACCGGUUAAUUGGACAAAUGGUACUCUUGCUGCAGCUGCCAAGAUCGCAAAUAUAACUGCCAGUGAUAUUGACAAGCUUUCCAUCUCAAACAUACCAUUGGGGUCGCAGAGGUUUUGGGCACAUAUUGUGAUGGCUUAUGGGUUUACCUUUUGGACAUGCUAUGUGUUGCAAAAGGAGUAUGAGAAAGUUGCCAAUAUGAGGUUUCACUUUCUUCAAGCAGAAAGAAGACGUCCUGAUCAAUUUACGGUCCUUGUGAGAAAUGUCCCACCAGACCCAGAUGAAUCGGUUGGUGAGCUUGUGGAGCAUUUUUUCCUGGUCAAUCACCCCGAUCACUAUCUCACUAAUCAGGUGGUUUAUAAUGCAAACAAGCUUGCGAGUUUGGUCAAGAAGAAGAAGAAACUGCAGAACUGGCGUGACUAUUACCAGCUCAAAUUUUCUAGAAAGCGCACGGAUAGGCCCUUAAUGAAGACGGGUUUUCUCGGGCUUUGGGGUACGAAAGUGGAUGCAAUUGAUCAUUAUACUUCUGAAAUUGAGAAAGUAUCCAGAGAAAUAGUCGAAGAGAGAGAGAAAGUGGCGAACGACCCCAAGUCUAUCAUGCCUGCAUCGUUUGUGUCCUUUAAGACUCGAUGGGCAGCAGCAGUUUGUGCACAAACUCAACAGUCCAGAAACCCGACUUUGUGGCUCACUGAUUGGGCUCCGGAGCCACGAGAUGUUUAUUGGCCAAAUCUCGCGAUUCCUUAUGUCUCACUUACUGUUAGGAGGCUGAUUAUAGGGGUGGCGUUCUUCUUCCUUACUUUCUUCUUCAUGAUUCCCAUUACGCUCGUUCAGUCUCUUGCGAGCAUCGAGGGUAUCGAGAAAGUGGUUCCAUUUCUCAAACCGGUCAUUGAAGUCAAAUUUAUUAAGGCAUUCAUUGCUGGUGUUCUCCCGGGGCUUGCCUUGAAGCUCUUUCUCGUAUUCCUACCCACAAUAUUGAUGAUAAUGUCUAAAUUUGAAGGCUUCAUAUCUCUUUCAUCUCUGGAGAGGAGAGGGGCUGCUCGUUAUUAUCUUUUCAAUCUUGUGAACACUUUCCUCUGCAGUGUCAUUGUGGGUUCGGCGCUGACACAACUGAAAUCCUUCAUCCAUCAGUCUCCAAACCAGAUUCCGAGGACUAUUGGGGUGGCUAUCCCACAGAGGGCAACUUUCUUCAUAACUUACAUCAUGGUUGAUGGUUGGGCGGGAGUAGCUAUGGAGAUCUUACGAAUAAAGCCUCUGAUAAUCUUCCACUUGAAGAACUUCUUCCUUGUGAAAACCGAGAAGGACCGCGAGGAGGCUAUGGACCCAGGAAGCAUCGGCUUCAAUACUGGAGAGCCUCAGAUCCAGCUCUAUUUCCUCUUGGGCCUUGUGUAUGCUGCCGUGACCCCUGUUUUGCUCCCUUUCAUACUGGUCUUCUUUGCCCUCGCUUAUGUGGUGUUCCGUCAUCAGGUCAUAAAUGUCUACAAUCAGGAGUAUGAAAGUGGUGCGGCAUUUUGGCCUGAUGUGCACGGACGUAUUAUUACGGCACUGGUCAUAUCUCAGUUGCUUCUGAUGGGAUUGUUGGCAACGAAGGAAGCUGCUCAGUCGACUCCAUUCCUCAUAGCUCUACCUGUCCUCACACUCUACUUCCACCAAUACUGCAAAGGCCGUUAUGAACCUGCCUUCAUUCGGUACCCCUUAGAGGAGGCUAUGAUGAAGGAUACCCUGGAGCGGGCGAGGGAGCCAAACCUGAACCUGAAGAGUUAUCUUCAGAGCGCAUACCUCCACCCAGUCUUCAAAGCCGAAGAUGAUGACGAGAGCAUGGAGAUGGACGAGACUGAGAAGUGGGAGAACGAAAGCGUCCUUGUUCCCACGAAACGGUCCUCCCGGCUGAACACUCCUCUGGCCAGCAAGAUGGGGUCCUCACCGCCCUCACAGUAUGAGAAUGAUAGAGCCUCGAACUUGUAGUUUCAAGUAGCUGUACGCUAGGCCCGCGAAGGGGGAAGAAUUCGUCCCCGCGAAGGACAAUCUGGGUGUAAAUUAAGCAUGAAAGUUGUGGAAGCAUGAACAUAAACAUAUAGUCAUUGUAAAGCGAGUGUGUAAGAGGGAAAAUUAGACACUUCUGGGGUUUAUUGUUAUUUUUACCUGCAUAGGGAUAUCUGGUUUUGGUUAGUUCUGAUAAAUCUUUUGAUGUUAUUUUUUCUUUCGAUUAUAAAAGAAUUUAUGGAUCCAAUACAAAGAAAUAAAGAGUAUUAAUAAAGGUACGAA